UUCUCUUGGUGCGAGACCCGCACGCUACUUUUUUCUUCCUACUCCUACUCUUGUUCUACACUUUACUGUGGUUCCUGCUGCGAGACAAUUAAAAAAAAAAAAAAAAAACAGACAUUCUUGAUUGCUUGUUGUCAUUUUACGUUUGAACAUUUGGAAAUAUGAUGAAGAAUUCUCUUGUGUUUGUUGCUACAACCAUUUCGAAAAGAUUCCACGUUCCUCCUUCUCAAACUCAAUUCCGAUUCUACUGUUCUCUGCCCUCGAACAAGCUCUUCGUGGGAGGCUUGUCAUGGUCCGUGGACGAGAAGUCCCUCAAAGACGCAUUCCUUUCCUUCGGAGACGUCACUGAAGUGAGGGUAGUGUACGAUAAAGACAGUGGCAGGUCUAGAGGCUUUGGAUUUGUCAUUUUUUCAAAUGAAGAUGAUGCCAAAUGUGCUAAGGAUGCAAUGGAUGGAAAGGCACUUUUAGGUAGACCAUUGAGGAUAAACUAUGCUCUUAAGAAGGCUCGUGGUGUACCUGUUGUAGUUCCUUGACUUUUAGAUAUUGUACAUUCAAACAGACGUUGAGUUUGAUUUGCCUUACAAAAUUCAUGUAGGUAAAUUCUUAUUAAUUGUUAGUUGAUGGCUACAAAAUUUGUUUUGAUUUUCA